AUGGGGAGUUUACGAGGAAUAUAUGAUCAAAUACUAAAGUAUUCAACGGCUCCACUAAUUGUAGUGGCACUGUGUUGUGUCGCCAACUUUAUUAACGCCGCUGAUCGGGUUUUGAUGCCUAUAACAAUUAUUUCAAUGGCUGAUGAAUUUGAUUGGGAUUUGCAUUUUCAGGGCUGGAUCCUAAGCAGUUUUUCUGUUGGAUAUCUUAGUAGUCUGGUUGCUGGUGGUAGCGCUGCUGUUAAUUACGGUGGGAAACGUGUUCUUGCUCUUGCUGUACUGCUCUGGUCGAUGUCUUCCUUCUUGACACCAUACUUUGCUUCUUCUUGGAUUGUUAUGAUUCUGUUUCGCUUUCUUCUUGGUGUCGGUGAGGGAAUCGGAUUGCCAACAAUCUUUCACAUUUUUGCUCAUUUGGUCCCUGUUGACGAACGUGGUCGGGCUUUCAGCUAUCUGAUAGCGUUGGGCUCUGUGGGUCAAUUUGUUGCUGGGAUAAUUUCGCCUCACAUGUACUGGUCUUUGCCCUUUCUUCUAUUUGGCGGGGCAGGUCUUGCAUGGGUCGUUGUAUGGAUCGCUUUUACCAGAGUCUUUGGUGACUUUGAUCAUCCAGGCGUUUCUGAACACUAUACUUCGUCUUCUUGUAUCAAUCAGUCGGCCCGUUGGCGGGACUUCUUCAAUCAUCGAUCACUUUGGGCCAUCUAUGCCGCUCAUUUCAGCAUGAAUUGGUCAAAUUACAUCAUAAUGCAGUGGUUGCCCACCUACCUUGUUCGAUCUUUGGGUGGAGGCCGUUUUGAAGUCACUCUCACUGCAUUGCCUUAUAUUGUUAAUUCAAUCUGUGGCAUAGCUGCUGGUCACUUGGCAGACAGCCUUGUCCGCCAGAGAUGGAAUGUACUAUGGGUGCGUCGUCUUAUGACUUCAGUAGGUCUACUCGGACCUGGCUGCCUUUUACUAAUCUUCUCCGCAUCCUCAAGUAUUCCCUUGGCUGUCUUCCUGAUUUCCGUAUCGAUGGGUUUGUCGGCAUGCAACUCUGCCGGUCACCUAGCCGCGCAUGCAGAAGUGGCCCCCAACCACGCAGGCAUCACUUUUGCUAUCAGCAACACACUUGCAACAAUCCCGGGUAUUUUGUGUGGUCCGUUUACUGCAUAUCUGGUGACUCGCUACGGCGGUCGUUGGUUGUCCGUCUUUAUAAUUGCUGGCUUUGUCAACAUCCUCGGUGCGAUCAUCUACCUUUGUCACAGCGCGACCACCCCUAUCAUGUGA